AUGGAGUGUAUGCAAUAACUUUAAAUUUGAGGUUUUUCGUAGAAAACACAUAUUUCUUUUUUUUUUUUUUAAAGGAAUGUUCAGCCAGAAAACAACACAUAAUAUACUCUAUCCACCUAAAAGCUUUGGGGAAACUUGCAUGGGGGAUAUUACGCUGAUAUGAGUUGACUGGGAGCUGGAAAAAAGAAUUGCAAUCAAUUUCGUAAGCAUUCUGCUUUUCUCGUGAAUGUUUUUCAGCGUUUCUGUUGCAUUUAUUCUAAGUUUUUUUCAGCCAUUUGACGACUAAGGAAUACUUUCUUUGAUUUUUGGCGAAGACUAAAAGAUGAUACCACUGGGAAGUAAAAUACGGCAUAUUUUUGUGCAGCAGUGUACUUCAGAAAAAGGAAACUAACCAGUUUUAAAUAAAGGGAAAGCGACGAGGUUUGUUGUUGGACCCUGUAACCGGUUACUUUUUUCAAUCAACUGAAGAAAUGUUUUUUGGAAUAUAAUUUAACCAACUGCAUGCUUUUGAAGCGCAUAUAGCCUACUGCAUUUGUUUCUUCUAGAUUUUUAUGCUGGAUAGUGACACAGCGACAAAACCCCCAUUCCUUCAAAAUAUUAAACAAAAGUAUUAACUAUAUUUCUCGUAUGACACUGAAGGUCAUGACGACAAUAACUCAAAACUUCUAGGUUUGAAAAGAAUGUCAUCAGAGGACGGGACUGUGGAGGCCUCUGACCAAGGACCAUCGCCGCUCCCUGGCAGUGUCGGGGACUUGCCUGUGGGCAGCCCGGCCUCCGCAGACAGACACCCCCGGGGUCGGCCACGCAAGGAUGUCCUGGCCUCCACGCCCAAGCCCAGGAAAAAAGUCCGCAACAGAGGAAGGGCGGCGGCUGAUGAUGAUGAUGAUGAUGAUGAUGAUUAUGAUAGCAGGGAUGGAACAGAGGUGACAGAAUUUGAUGGCCCGCCAGAGUCAGGAGAAAGAAGAGAUCCUUUCGGAGAGGGGGAGGACGACGGCGAUAGUGAGGGGGACCUGCUGGCAGGGGACAGUGGGCCCCUGUCCCCGAUGUUCCAGCACUCUCUGUCACUGGACUCUGCAGGGUCGUCUACCUUAACAGCUGAGGAGGCCAAAAUCAGCGAGCAGCUCUGUGCCUUCUGUUACUGUGGAGAGAGGAGCCUUCUGGGUCAGGGGGAGCUGAAGAUGUUCGGCCCCACGCCGGGCUACGUCCCGCUGCACAUCCGCAACCGCAGGGGCAGCUCGGAGAACGACACCGACGUGGACCGCAGCCCAGAGCGGGACAUGACUGACCCAGAGCUGAACGGGCCGCUCUCUCCGGCCGACGGGAUGGCGGAUGUGUUCGGGGAGGAGCCGGUUAGGAAGCUGUUGGGGGAGCUGGGACAGAUAGGCCUCCCAGACGACAUCAACGUCCAGUCACUGUUCGAUCCCACAGGGCAAUGCUGUGCCCAUCUGCGCUGUGCGGCGUGGUCAGAGGGGGUGUGUCGGGGAGAGGGACAGUCACUCCUCUACGUGGACAAAGCCAUCGACUCAGGGAGCACAAAGCACUGUGCGUACUGUAAGCGCCUUGGAGCCUCCAUAAAGUGCUGUGCGGAGAAGUGUGUCCGCUCGUACCACUAUCCCUGCGCAGCCGCCACUGCUGGAACCUUCCAGAACAACAGGAGCCGCACCCUCCUCUGCCCGGAACACCUUCAGUCAGCCCUCUGCAGAUACGAGGGCGAGACAAACUGCGUCCUGUGCGACAGCCCCGGAGACCUCCACGACCAGCUCUUCUGCACCAGCUGCGGCCAGCACUACCACGGCUUGUGCCUGGACGUCAGCGUGGGCCCGCUCAAGAGGGCCGGCUGGCAGUGCCCAGAGUGCAAGGUCUGCCAGACGUGCAGGAACCCUGGAGAGGACAGCAAGAUGUUGGUCUGUGAUAUGUGUGACAAAGGCUAUCACACAUUCUGCCUGCAGCCAGUGAUGGAUACUAUUCCCACCAAUGGAUGGAGGUGUAAGAACUGCAGAGUGUGUGUCCAGUGUGGCACCAGGACCAGCAGCCAGUGGUACCACAACUGUCUGCUAUGUGAGGCCUGCUACCAGCAGCAUGAUCCUUCAGCCCCCUGCCCCAUAUGUGGGAAGUCCCUGAAUCCAGAGCUGCACAGAGACCUCCUUUCCUGCCACACCUGUAAAAGUUGGUUCCACACUGACUGCGAGAGGCAGACGGAAGCCAACGCUGAAACCCCGCUGAGGGACGACUACGUCUGCUCUUCCUGCAAGCAAGCUGAGCUGGACGCAGCCCAACCUCAGAGUGACCCGGCCCAGGAGGCAAAGCCCACUCCAGAACCUGCGUCGGAAGACCUUGGAGGUGCAGAUGAUGGCGAAGCACCACAGGGGGACAGAGGUUUUAACACAGCUUCUGCCAGUGAAGAACGGAGAGAUACUCCGUCAGCCCUGGACCCAGCACAGGAAAUCCAAGUUACCGUCACAGUGACGGAGCGUCCGACUUCACCCCAGCUGGUGCCGGGUCUGGUGGAGGAGGUCGGGCAGCCUGCUCAGGGCACACCGGUGGGCAUCGUGGCAGAGACAAAAGAGUCGGCGGACAUCCCUCUAGAGGCCGGGUCCAAGCCGGUGGCCGCCAACCCCAGAGAGGUGUCCUCACCGACCAAAGAAAGCACAGAAGAGCCAGAGGCUGCUCUGGAGGAGCCUAUGGAGAUGUCUCCCUCGUUGGAGAAAGGGGAGGAGUGGAGCAGGACAGGCCUGGAGGAGGAGGAUGAUAAGGAAGAGGGGGUGGCGCAACAGGUUGAGGGUGUGCAGGAAGAGGGAGAGCUGUGUCUCCCGGUAGAGGUAGACACCAGCACUCCGGUAGAGUUAGACAGCAUCCGCUCCCCCUCAGUGGAGGUAGACGCCACCCCUGCGAUAGAGGUAGACGCCACCCCUGCGAUAGAGGUAGACGCCACCCCUGCGAUAGAGGUAGACGCCACCCCUGCGAUAGAGGUAGACGCCACCCCUGCGAUAGAGGUAGACGCCACCCCUGCGAUAGAGGUAGACGCCACCCCUGCGAUAGAGGUAGACGCCACCCCUGCGAUAGAGGUAGACGCCACCCCUGCGAUAGAGAUAGACACCACCCCUGCGAUAGAGGUAGACACCACCCCCUCGCUAGAGGUGGUCACCAACCCCACCCCCACAGUAGAGGUGGUCACCACCCCCGCCCCCUCAGUAGAGGUGGUCACCACCCCCGCCCCCUCAGUAGAGGUGGUCACCAUCCCAACCCCCCCAGUAGAGGUAAACACCACCCCCACCCCCUCAGUAGAGGUGGUCACCAUCCCAACCCCCUCAGUAGAGGUAAACACCACCCCCACCCCCUCAGUAGAGUUGGUCACCAACCCCACCCACUCAGUAGAGGUGGUCACCAACCCCACCCCCUCUGGAGAGGUGGUCACCAUCCCAACCCCCUCAGUUGAGGUGGUCACCACCCCCACCCACUCAGUAGAGGUGGUCACCAACCCCACCCCCUCCGUGUCGAGGUGGUCACCAACCCCACCCCCUCCCUGGUAG